ACACAUGUGAGGGGGAGUGUUGAGAGUGUAAUCCACAUGUGUCCCACAUUGGAAGAAUUGAAAGUAUAUGACUAGUAUAUAAGCUAAUGGGUUACUCCACCUAUCACCAUAUGGUUUUAGGAUGGAACCCCAUUGGACUUGUGUGUGGUCAUACUCUUCUCUUGUGUGGGCUUGUGCCGAGCCCACUGAGAUUUGUCACAUGCCUACAUUAUAAUUAACUCCUGUUAAUUAAGCUAAUUCAUUUCACCAUCAUAUCUUUUCUCUUGAAAAUGGCACCUCCCAAAGUUUUGAUUUUUGCCUGAUAAUUAUCUCAUUAUGUGGGCUUACAUGGAAAAAAAACUAUUGUAAUUUGUAACAUAAUGUUACCGUUAGUUAAUCAGUUACUUUCCCGCCAUCAAAUAAACCACUCAAAUGUUUUCAAGUUUCAGAGCAACCACAACCAUAUUCCUAACAUCCUACAAAAAUACCCACAUCAUAAAUCUUUCUUUUCAUUCAUCUUCAGAUGCAUACAUAAAAUGCGUCGAAAAUUGUUCCCGAAAUCGGUCUUUGAUGAUGGGCAAUACAUUACAUUCUCGUUUGAUAAUCAAUGGCUUAGCUCGUUUGAGUCAUGUUUCUUCCAAGCUCAUAACAAUGUAUGUCGAGUGCGGGGUUUUGCGCUUAGCACGCCAAGUGUUUGAUGAAAUGCCUAAAUCAAACUAUCCGCGGUGGAUAGUUCUUAUUGGGGCGUAUGCGAAAUGUGGGUUUUAUAGGCAAGCAUUGGAGAUUUUUAGGGAAAUGCUUGCAGAAGGUGUAAAACCCAACAAUUAUGUCCUUCCCAGUGCUCUUAAAGCUUGCGCGCAUCUAGUUGAAUGGCGGAGGGGACAGGAGAUACACUGUUUGAUCUUGAGAAGUUCAUUUGAAUGGGAUGUGUAUGUUAAUAGUGCUCUAAUAGAUAUGUACUCGAAAUGUGAAUUCGUUGGCAAAGCGAGGAAGGUUUUCGACAACAUGAUUGAAACGGAUGUGGUUGCUUUAAAUUCUGUGGUAGCAGGGUAUGUUCAUAUAGGGUUAGUGAAGGAGGCAUUGAGUUUAGUAGAGAAUGUCAAAGGUAUGGGAUUGAGGCCUAACGUUGUAACAUGGAAUACUUUAAUUGCAGGUUUUUCACAAGCAGGGGAUAGUUUAAUGGUGGAUGAGCUUUUCCAAGUGAUGCGCGUUAAUAGGAUUGAGCCGGAUGUGGUAUCUUGGACUUCUAUCAUAUCUGGAUUUGUGAAGAAUUUCCGGAACAAUGAAGCUUUUGUCACAUUCCGGAAAAUGCUGGAUUCUGGAUGCUUCCCAAAUACAAAUACAAUUAGCAGUCUUUUAUCAGCUUGUGCUAAUGUAGCAAAUGUGACAUGGGGGAAGGAGAUACAUGGAUUUGCAUUAAUGGUUGGCUUUGAGCAGGAUAUAUAUGUGCAGAGCGCUCUAAUAGACAUGUAUGCUAAAUGUGGGUGUAUAUUCCAAGCAUCGGCAUUGUUUCAGAAGAUGAGCAAAAGGAAUACUCCAACAUGGAACUCAAUGAUCUUUGGUUAUGCUAACCAUGGUUACUGUAUUGAAGCUAUAGAACUUUUCAAGAGGAUGGAAACCGAGGAGGCAGAGAAGCUCGAUCACUUGAGUGUCACUGCAGUGCUAACAGCUUGUAGUCACGGUGGGAUGAUGGAGCUUGGAAGAAACCUCUUUGAAUCAAUGCAAGAGAAGUAUGAAAUCAAGCCUAGACUUGAGCAUUAUGCCUGUAUGGUGGAUCUUCUUGGCCGAGCAGGGAAAUUAACCGAGGCUUAUGAUUUGAUUGAAACAAUGCCUAUCGAACCUGAUUUGUUCGUUUGGGGAGCAUUAUUAGGAGCUUGUAGACAGCAUGAUAACAUAGAGCUAGCUGAAGUUGCAGCAAAACACUUGUCUCAACUUGAACCUCAGGGUGCAGGGACAAGUUUGCUGUCGAAUUUAUAUGCUGGAGCAGGAAGUUGGGGAAAUGCUGCUAGAUUGAAGAAGCUAAUGAAGAAGAAGAACAAAUUGAAAAGUUUUCCAGCUUGUAGCUGGAUAGAGGCUGCUUGAAAUAGCAGAUUGAAUUAGAGCCUUAGAGGUGAGCAGGUGACCAUUGGGCCAGGUUUACCCAAGCCCAUUUGGCACAGCCCGAAAUCUGGGUCAGGCCCGAUAUCAACCAAGCGCAAACGGGCUUGGAGCAGUGGGUCGUGGGUCGUGGGUUAAGCUUCUAGCCCCUUCAACUCGGAUCAACCCAACCCUCCUCACUCAACUCGAUUAACCUAAUUAUUUGUAUUACUUAUUUAGAUAUUUUAUUACCUUUGUUACUUUUAUUUUUUCUGGUUGCGUAUUCGUAGUCUUAUUAAUAUCUUUAAUAUAGUAUGCGUACAAUUACGUAAAAAUAUAUUAUAUAAGAUCUUAUGUCAUAACA